AUGGAGCGAAACAACGACAGUCUCUUCGGGCGGCGCGGUCCUGGAGGCCGGCCUGCCGCACCAGAAGAUUACCAGGCUACACUCGAAGCGAUCAUCGCGUGGUGCACUACUCUGGCAGUAACAGCAAUCACGCGAGAGAACGAGCUUAGAGGGCUGCCUCCACCGACGUCACGCAUAUUUGCUCCUCUCCAUCGUAUGCUGGUCAAGCGACAGAUUCGAAAACUUCGUCGCCGUGUUGCCCGCGAACUUGGCAUACUGAACGACGAACUCGCCAGAUUGAGCAACGAACACACUACGGCAGGGUUUGUAGAACGUCUUGCUCAAUCCCUGGAAGAGUUCUACGACAAUGUUCCAACCGGUUUCUCAAAAUCCGUCAUCGACUCGAUCCCACAGCGAGCCAUCGGCGCCUCGGACAUGGACGAGAAUGGUGAGGCACAAUGCUCAAUCUGUUUUGAGGCUGUCGAGCAGGAAGAACAGGUAACCGAACUUCCUUGCAAGCACUGGUUCCAUCACGAGUGUGUCAGUCUUUGGUUGAUCAAGCGGAACACUUGCCCAAUUUGUCGAAAGCGAUAUACUGCUGAACAGAUUGUGAGUGAAAAUGGUAGGAAUGACAACAAGGACAACUCGAACGGCAAUGAUGAGUCUACAGCUCCAUCGGGAUCUGGCGCAGCAACUGAAGACAAGUCUUCUGCUGUGGAAUAG